AUCAAAGUGACGCGAGGCCGCACCCACAGCGCCAAAAUUCAAAAUCGCUUCUGAAUCGUAUGGACGUCAUGUAAAUAAAAGAGUGUUUUAGAUGUUAAUGGCUAUUUUAGAAACGAAUAUGAGCAAGUUCUGGUUGGAAUUCAAGCUAAGCGGAAUCACCCGAAGCUUCGCAGUAGUAUGAAGAAUACCAGUGAACAACUUGGGGCAUUUCAAUGAUCUGACCAUGAGACGGAGCCCGAGGAGACCCCUGAUUCUCAAAAGAAGAAAAUUGCCUUUUCAUCAAAAUGAAACUCCAGCGACUGUUUCCCAGCCUGGUACACCAGGCUCCAAAGAAGCGUCAAAACCAGCUGCCACUCAGUGCUUCCCUGAUGGCAUCCGCAUCAUGAACCAUCCUUCCAUGUCUAAUACUCAGGUGGUUGUCAUUCCCAAAACAGCAGACCUUCAAAGUGUUAUUGGUGCCCUCACAGCUAAAGGCAAAGAGUGUGGUGCCCAGGGUCCAAACAAGUUCAUCCUUCUGAGUGGGAGUGGAAGUGGCAUCCAGGACCAUGGACCUAUUUCUCAGUCUACUGCUGAAGGGGUUUCUUCAAGGACUUCAGAAGGACAUGAAGUGAAAGCUGAAACUACACACAACUCCCCAGAUGGCAAACUGCCAAAUGGAAUUAAACCACAUGACAGCCUUACCAAUAUUCAGUGGCUGGGCAGGAUGAGCACAUCCGCCUUGGAGCCAAAUCCUGCCAAGCAGCUCAACAGCGAGGAGAACCGAAACUCUGUAUCUUUGCAGGCACACGAUACACAUACCAGUGCAGAAGCUGCUCAGCAACCCAUGUCAGAGAGGCCACCGUACUCCUACAUGGCCAUGAUCCAGUUUGCUAUCAAUAGCAGAAAGAACAGGAGGAUGACCCUUAAAGAGAUUUACAUGUGGUUUGAGAGCCAUUUCCCUUACUUUAAAGAUGUGGCCAAACCAGGAUGGAAGAAUUCCAUUCGCCAUAACCUUUCUCUGCAUGACAUGUUCAUUCGUGAGACAUCGCCAGAUGGUAAAAUUUCAUUCUGGACUAUCCGACCUGAAGCCAAUCGAUGCCUCACACUCGAUCAUGUGUACAAGCCGGGCUGUGAUCCAAUGACUGCCACUGUUCCUGUGCCAAUGCUUUUACUGCCUCACCAACACCAAAAGAGGGCAUUCCCUGAUACAAGAAAAACACCAACCAGCUCUGAGAGGAAGAUGAAACCUCUUCUUCCGCGAACAGAAUCCUACUUGGUGCCCAUACAGCUCUCCGUCACCCCUUCGGUCUAUCUGCCGUCUUCGUCUGCUCCCUUUCCCCCGACCUGCUCGCAGCAGAAACAGAACAAUUCACGAGGAGCCAAGAGAGUCCGCAUAGCUCCUAAGGUGAUGCAAAAUGACACCCCAGCUGUGAUGAUAUCUCUACAGAAGACCAAGGUAGAAGUGAAGGAGGAGCGGGUAUGUGUUCCAGUUAAUUGCGAGACCCCCAAAGCCCCUACAAAGAGACAAGCCAGCAGUUCACGGCGCAAACAGCGUUUGGUUCACUCUGUGCAUGAAGAGCCAGUUCUCCUCUGCCACGAUAACGAUUUCUUUGACUCUGGCGUAGCCUCUGAUGCUUCGACAUUCCAGGACAAUCGAGAUACUGAGCUGGACGGCCACAAGCAGGGGCAGGAAAGCCCUGACAGGGAGUUCUCUUUCAAAACCCCAAUAAAAAGUAACAGCCAUUUGACCUCAUCCACCCCCAGCAAGCCCCCUUCUAAUGUUGCACUUGAGUCUUGGAAAGUCACACCAGUGGGCAAAGGUAGCCAAAAUAUUCUGGACUUCAGCCCUAUUCGUACACCAGGUGGUCCCACAGUCACCCCACGACACGACUACACCACCUUCAGCUUCAGCAGCACUCCCUUUAAAGACUUGCCUCUGUUUAACUCCCCAAGAGAGCUGCUCACAUCCGCUCCCUCCAGAGUGACCAGAACAGCAGAGUUGCCCAGCGAAUGCCUCAGAAGUAGCUGUUCCAGAGAGCUGCUGCAGGCAGGAGGCACCACGCCAGCCAACCGCUCAGUCACAGAGGGCCUUGUCCUGGAUACCAUGAACGACAGCCUGAGCAAGAUAUUGGUGGACAUUAGCUUCUCUGGUCUGGAUGAUGAUGACCUCGACAUGGCAAACAUCAGCUGGUCUGAGUUCAUCCCUCUGUUGAAGUAGCCAGAGAGCCAAAACACAUUUUAUAGCCAGGCAGGGUCACUUUUUAAAAAAUUUUUUGUAAACACUAGGUGAGAAAGCCCAAAUCGAAGCGGCAAAGCAGAUGUAAAUCUAGGUCUGACACAAUUUAAACCAUCCUAUAUGCAGACCAAUCAGAGAAGACCAUGUUGAAGACCAGUUUCUCUUGUCAAAGAGUGACGCUUUUGGCUUAAGGAGAAAUGAGGAGAAAUCACGCCGGCAUAUCGCUGGUGCUAGUGCUUCAGAAAUUUACUGUAUGUCAGUUUGAUUCAAAUAUUCACAAGUAUUACGAUCACUGUACCAGAAAAUUUUCACAGAAGGGCCAAUUGAUGCUGUCAUUUAAAAACUGCAUUCUGGAGACUUAUCUGACCUCUUUUUGAAUGAGCUCAGAAGCAUUUUGGUUCAUUUUCUGUUGCAGCUGCUUUCCUGCUCAGUGGUUCCGGCUCCAAUGUAAGAAAAAAAAUAUAAAACACUGUUAAACAGUUUACAGCUUUUGAUUUUAGUUACCAUUUGAUGUUUCUCGCCCUGUUUGGCUUACUUUUUCAUUCACUUAAUUGAUAAUUGCCUUGGUGUUGAUUUUGCACAUUUUAAUAUAUAAUUUAGCUUUUACACAUAAAUGGAAAUGAUCAGCCAGCAAGAUGCUUCAUUGCAGUUUGAUUCAGUUGGCACCCUAGAGAGGACAUAGAGUAAUAGACUGUGAUGGAAGAUUGUUAGUAAUACGCAUCGACAAAUAGCACUAACAGAAAUAGGAUUUUUUUUCUUUAUGUUUAUUAUAGAACUGUUUAUCACAUGACUUCAUAAAUUCUCCUAGUAUUACUCGUCUUCAGGGCCCUACAAAAAAUUUUGCAUGCAGUGACUUCAGCAGCUCAGUGUACAUCUUUAGGAAUGGAUUACUGAAUAUUUUGUUUCUGUCUGGAGAUUUGAAAAAGAGCGGUUAUGAAGUGCAAACUAGUUUUUGCAGCCCCAGCUUUGGAGGAUUAGUACCUGUGAGGUGAGGUCUUGCAUUGCAGUGAGUUCAUCUGUUUGACUUUGUUGCUGGAUGGCCUGCAGGAAUGAAAUGUUUUUGGAGCAUGUGCUUUUAAGCUGUUGACUAAACUUGGUGUUUCUAAGACAAUAAAUGUUUUGGUGCCUCAUACAACAUGGGGACUUUUAGUCAUGUUUUUGGCUAUAAGCAAAGUCAGGUCACAUUUAAUCAAUGUGCAGAGACGAGGUGCAAUUUCUACAGCUUGAAAUAUGCCACAAGAAAGCAAUGAACCCUUUGUACACUGUAUUUUAUCUGAAAACUACGUAGCAAGAUUGUUUAUUUCUAUUUAUAUUUCAAUAAAAGUGGAAACUCA